AUGGAGCGGCUGACUUUGCAACCGGGGGCCGCCGCGGCCAUAGACGAAUACCUGGAAUACAAGAGGUGAGCGGGACCGAGGGGGGCGAAAGGCCGCCGGGGGGGAGGAGGGGACCGGGAGGCCACCCACCCGCUUGCGGCGAUCGCCACUGCGUAGGUAGCGGGCCGAGAGGACGGGACGCUCCGCUCUGGUCUCCUCUACUUUUUGUUGGGGCUCGAAGUCUUUUCGCUCGGAAAACCCAAAACUCACGAGGGGCCCUCUGAGCAUGUGCAAAGGGCACGUCCUUCACCCCGAGCAACCUAAAGGACCGUCUUUCCGCACAGAUCCUGGCAACCUGCCUUCUUCACUACAAAGCGUGAUACUCCUCUUGAGCGAUGCGCCGGCUAGGCAUGGUUUUAUUGUUUUAUCUCUUUGUAAGACGCUUUGAGGUUUUUUUCUUUCCCCCUACAAUCAAUCAGCGAGCAAAACACAUAAGAGAGCUGUCCGUGGGGCACCAGUCUUGCUUUAACAAGGUGGGUGUCUUUAACAGGGCUAGCCUCUGAUUGUUAAGAAUUUGAAAGAAUAUUUAAUCCAUCCGAAUCUAAUUGUGGUGAGUUGAAAUCGAUUAUAGGUCUUAGUUUAAGGUGUGAGUGACUAGGUCCUAGCAUAUGAAGUCGUAUGGUAUACAUGUUUAAACUUUAUGAUUUAUAGUCUUUUUAAAGAAUGAAGCCCUCAACCGCUUCCUCCAGUUAGAGGCAGUUAAAUGGGAAUGUUCCAUGAAAUAUGCUGAGGAUCGUAGCACUGUUUCGAUGUUGGGACAUAGAUAUAAGCAGAAAUAGAACACCCGGCAAACAUUUUCUAGUCUAGGCUUUCCAAAAUUGUCUCUUCACUUUCUCCUGUCUCCCAAGCCACAGCCAUUUCAACAGUCUUCAUUUUUGUAUGUGUGUUAUCAGAACAUUGAUGUUUGUAAUUAAACAUGCAAUGCUUCUUUGUAGAAUUGUAGGCGAAGAUGAUGGAGGGAAACUUUUUACACCGGAAGAAUAUGAAAAGUACAAGAAAAAAAUGUUACCUAUACGGUUACAAAACAGACUGUUUGUGAGCUGGAGAUCACCAACUGGCAUGGACUGCAAACUUGUGGGCCCCGAAACCCCAUGUUUUUGUACUCACAGGUGAGGCAUUCUGUGCCCAACAUAGACAUUUCCUGUUCAACGGAAGUAUUUUUUUGUUGUGCAGUUAGCUUGAGAACUUAUGGCUUGUAAAGCUUUAGGAAGCAUUUAUUUUUAUUUAUUACAUUACUGCACCGCCUUUCAUCCAAGGAUCACAGGGCGGUUUAGAAUAUUUCUUAGAUCAAGAAAAUUGUUUCAUAAUAUUCCAUAUAAAUUAUAAAGGCAUCAAAAAUGGAAAAGAAAGAGCACCUCCAGGUUGAGUUUCAAGUACCUUGGGAUGACAUUCAAAGGUAUAUUCCAAAUAAUUUGAAUGGUAGGUUCCCUGGUCAGGUCUACAGCUUUAAGCGUCUAAAUAUUUUACUGGGAUUCCCCCUCUGCCAUGGUCCACAUAAUGCUAAGCUACGGUUUAUAGACAAUUGCUUACUAAAUGAUGGUUUAACACGAACGUCCAGCCCAGCACCUUAACCAUGGUUUAUUAACCACAAACAAACCAUGCUUGUAAGCCACAGUUUGCUAUUGGUUUAUAAACCUUGGUUAGCAUUACCGAUGGCUUUAACAUUACAAUGCGCCUUCAUUUCCUCCCUGGCACAUGUAAUGUUCAGACUUAUUUCAGUCAUGGCUUUGAAGAAGCAGCAAUAAUUUUUCUCGGCAAGACUAGCACACAGUAAAAGACUGACUCACUACCAUAGAAAUUUUCUAUGUGCCAGAAGAUUCGAGAGAGAGGCUGGGUUGGUGGCAACCUCAAUCAAGUGGUUUAUUGAACCUGUGUCAUUCAUAAAAGAUUGGGACAUGAUUGCUUAGAAUAAUAUUUUUUAAAUAGUUCAACUGUUGUCUGGGGACAGCCAUUCCAGCAGUGGGACAGCGGAGAAGCAGGGCUCACUCAAUCAGUUCUGCUGCGACAGGCCACCUCCAUCAGGUCUCCCCAUCCCUUCAACCAUCAUCUGGGAGUAGCCAUUCCAUCAGGCCUGCCUCAGUGGGAGAGACAGGAAGCCGGGCUCAUCGCAUCUGCUUUGUUAGAGGCCCCACUCCACCUCCUGCCUCUGAACUGUGCCAGCUGCUCAAUAUAGGAACAGCCGUCUAGAAAUUAAUGCCUGAGUUUUAUUUCCCUUUUUCCUGCAUGUCCUUUCCCACUUGUGCAAUGUAUUUAAAAUAAUAAUAAUAAUAAUAAUAAUAAUAGAAUAAGAAUUUAAGUAGGGCGUGCCUUGUUUUGAUUUAAUGUAUGCCGCUCUGGGUCUGCCUUUUUGCCUGAAGAGUAGGGUACAAAUUCUCUAAAUAAAUGAUAAAUAAAUAAAGCAAAUGAUCACUGAAUAGUAUGUUUACAUUUCCCUUUCCCCAGGUAUAAACAACACAAAACAGACUUUGAAGAGAUCCCAAAGGAACGUCCUAUUUCUUUACCCUGUCGGGUGGGCCGUUGCCCAUGCAAAUCUUAUAACUUCAUUCCUCUCAAUGGGACUCAGCCCAUCCGCUGUAGAUGUAAGCACUUUGCUGAUCAGCACAGUGCGGCCCCUGGGUUUCCAUGCAACACAUGUGAGUGAGUUUUGGAUAAAUAAGCAUGUCAUAUGUAAGUGUAGCAGCUUUUCAUUACACAGAUAUGUCCCUUGAGGCAUUGUGUGAUACUAUAACCAUGUAUAUUUGUAGGUGUGGAGAGUACUAAUGAAAAUGUUCUGGCUUCUGUAACUAGAAAACUCAUAUUCAGCAUGCAAGCUCAACAUUGUAUUUCACAUUCCAAAUCUGGUUAAUUUGCAUACUAUUAAACCAUUUCCUGAUUGAUACUACUUCCGUAUCUGGGAGUCUGAACAUGGGCUUUUUGAAGGAUACUUUUUCUACCACUGGCAGCUUUCUGUAUAAGUAGAGUCCACCUGAACAUUAUUGUUUAAAUAUGUUUCAUUGUACCGGUAGAAUAAAUAGUAUUUAUGAUCGCCGAAUAUUGUAGGCCUUAGAUUUACACCAUGUCUGCCCUGGACUCAAAGAAUACACUUACACAUCCUAUUAAGCUAUUUCCAGCUGUAGCAAUUGUUUGUGUAGUCAGUGCUGCAGAGAGGAAAUAUUCAAACAAAACUGCCACUGAGUGAAUGGGAGUCAAAUAUUUUGGUCUAUCUGAUGCUGUCUUAAAAUGUUUUGAAUUAGGUUCCAAAUGUUCAGGGUUUCACAGUUGCUUUACUUGUGGAUGUGGGCAGCCAACAUAUGCUCAUGAAACAGUAGUGGAAACAAAAGAGGAACGCUUAGCCCAAGGAAAACCAGUGGGGCAAGAUGUCCCAUAUGCCGCCAUGGGAGGACUAACUGGCUUUAGUUCACUAGCAGAAGGAUACAUGAGACUUGAUGACAGUGGGAUAGGUAAGAAUCGGGGGACUUGAAAUGAAAAAUUGAAUUUACAUCUAUCUGUUUUUUGCUUUAUUGAUAGUUCCAAAGUGUAUCGGAUAAUUUAACCAGAUUGCAACGUCUAUGUAGUUUUAAAUUAUAAAUAUAGGUGCAGAGGUACCAAUCCGGUAGUCUGAUGCCCCACAAAAUGAAUGGUAUGUUUUUCCUAGCAAUGUGCAGUUGGAUAGACAAGGUCAGCACCAUGGGAUUUGACCUGUGGUACCCCUCAAGCCUUGGCCUUACUGCCAUGCAGUUUAACAUUCAUAUGAAGCCUUUGGCAGAGAUAAUUUGGAGCUUUGAAGUUGGGUGUGGCCAAACUGAUGAUUCCCAAAUCUAUGGGUGGUAUUCAGCUAAAUUUUACUCAUUGUGGACCUCUUGACAUUUAUAGACUUAAUUUAGAUGUCUUAAUUUAUUUCAAAAAUUUGAGUAAAACCUGGUUGACUACCACUCUCUUGGCAUUUUAACCCUUAUCAGUUUGGAAGCUGGGGACAAGUGAUAAAGUAAAAUAAUAAAUAACCUGAAACUGAUUCCAAAGUUCUCAUGGGGGACUUGCUGUGUCUUUUUUGGGUAAAGUACUAUUCAUCCUAGCAAAACAGGUACAGAUCCAUGGAUUUCUCCUAAGCCUACUUUGUCCUGGAAAAGCAGAUAAUGGCACUGGUGAAGAGUGCAUUUUUAUCAUGGGUAGGCAAACUAAGGCCUGGGGGCUGGAACCGGCCCAUUCGCCUUCUAAAUCCGGUCCGCGGACGGUCCAGGAAUCAGGGUGUUUUUACAUGAGUAGAAUGCGUCCUUUUAUUUAAAAUGCAUCUCUGGGUUAUUUUUUGGGCCUGCCUGGUGUUUUUACAUGAGUAGAAUGUGUGCUUUUAUUUAAAAUGCAUCUCUGGGUUAUUUGUGGGGCAUAGGAAUUUGUUCAUUUUUUCCCUUCAAAAUAUAGUGCGGCCCACCACAAGGUCUGAGGGACAGUGGACCAGCCCCCUGCUGAAAAAGUUUGCUGACCCCUGAUUUUAUCAUUUGUAUCUGUUGCAAGGGCUCUGACGCAGAGGGGGUCUUGUCAUUCUUAUCCACAUUUUUGUAGCCUUGAGGAUUGACUGUAGUACAGGGAGCUGUAUCUGAAGAUGACUUAGAAACUAUAGCAGCAGGAUGUUGCCCCCUUCUUCCUAAAUAAAUACAAAGUUAGGAAUCCUGGCCCAUUUCAUAGCAACUCUCAUGACUGCCCAUGCUCUUCCAGGCCUAAUGUGAUUGGUGCUUUCUUUUAAAACGCUGCACAGCCUGUGACCAAAAUAGUAGAGCUCCUCCCUGCACAAUUUAUAACCCCCCCCCCCAUUUCAAAUGACCCCAGGGAGGAAUUGCACAUGAAACAAUAUAAUAAUUAAAUGCUGAAUACCACCACCAACAAAAUAGGAAACAUCAGCUGCAAAUUAACAGAACAUAGGCAGACAGCAAGUGAUAAAAUCUGAGCCAUGGGCAUAUUACACUUAGCUCCUUCCAAAGCCAAAGUAAUAAAUCUGGCACACACCCGUUUUCGUUAUGCUUUUAUCUAUAUUUUCAAACAUUUGUUUUAAUUUAAUAACAAGUAUAAUUCUAAAAUGCUCAGUGUUUUUUAAUGAGACCAAUAACUGGUCUUCAAUUCAGGGUGCCAUUUUCUAUCUCUGGUAGAUCACCACAUUUCUUUUUCAAGACAGAGUUGGCUAGCUUUGUUGGACUUGCUUCUUGUUCGUCUUACUGAAUCAGCAACAUUUUUAAUUUGUUUUUCAUCGGUGGCUGCAAUUCUUCAUGUUUCUGGUUAAUUUGAAUUUCUUCUCCCUAAACUGCUGGUUUCAUUUUAAGGAGCACCUUCCAUCGAGUUCCUAGAAUCUCCUGUAACCAACAUGGAUCAUCCCUUCCUAAAAGCAUUGCAGGGACCUUCUAGUUCCACGCAAGGACGUCCCCAGUUAACAGAUGGUAAUGGAAUUACUUUUCUUUCUUUAAGUAGUCAAUGUGUUACCUGAUUAAAUACACUGUGAGCAGCUGAAUAAAUGCUGCCUUUCCAGAUACGUGACCUAGCAUCAGCGAUGGUGUAAUGGUUGCAGCCUUUAGGGGAUUUAAGUUUAGCACACAUUUAAAAUGUGUUUGCUCCUGGGACGGUUCAGCAAUUAGGGGGUUGGAGUGCCUAGUUAAGGAAAGGUACUCUAUACAAGGUUGGCCCACCUAUGAGGCUCAGUGAGGCAAUCACCUGGGAGUGGGUACAUGUGGCAGAUCUGAGCCUCUGAGGAAUGCAUUGCUAGCUGCCUCCCGCGCUUGUCACCUGAUUUCUCUGUCACCCCACCAGGGGCGUAGCUAGCUGCUCCGGCACCCAGAGUGGUGGGGGUGGGGCGAGCCGUCCACGGGGGCGCCGCAGUGAUCUGCGCUCCGCCCAGGGUGGGGGGCGCCGCAACAAUCCGCCCAGAGGGGUGCCGCGGCAAGCUGCCCUCGGAGUACGCCUGGCAGAUGCAAGCCCCACGCUGCCGUUUUGGGCGGUGCGGAGCCCCUGAGCCCCACCACUGCUUGUUCUUCUCCAGCCUCCAUCACAGUGGUAUCUCGAGUUAAGCCAGUGUGGUGUAGUCGUUAAAAGCGGUAGACUCGUAAUCUGGGGAACCAGGUUCGCGUCUCCAUUCCUCCUCCACAUGCAGCUGCUGGGUGACGUUGGGCUAUUCACACUUCUCUGAAGUCUCUCAGCCUCACUCACCUCACAGAGUGUUUGUUGUGGGGGAGGAAGGGAAAAGGAGAACGUUAGCCACUUUGAGACUCCUUCAGGUAGUGAUAAAGCGGCACCAUUUUCUGUUUUGUCUCAAGUGGUAGAACAUUCUGGGCCAACCCAAACUGCAUUAGUCAUUUUGUGCAAAUUCAACAGAAAAAGAAAACUCAAGUCACUCUAGGCAGAGCGUAAUGAAGACUUGGUAGGGUACUCUGGCAGAGAGCAAGGGGGUGUAUGUGAUCUUCUGAGGACUGGGAAGUACAUAAUACAGUUCCUGUGUUCUGACAACUAGAAUAAGCUUCCUUCCAGGAUUCCCUGUACAGUUGGAGUCCAGGGAGUUGAUGGAAGAGGAGAGGGAGAUGACAGAGGGUCUGAGAGAAACUACUAUGUCCAGUAGGGAUGCGGGUGGUGCUGUAGUGUAAACCACUGAGCCUCUUGGGCUUGCCGAUCAGAAGGUCAGCGGUUUGAAUCUGCUCAAUGGGGUGAGCUGCCAUUACUCUGUCCCAACUCCUGCCAACCUAGCAGUUCAAAAGCACACCAGUGCAAGUAGAUAAAUAGGUAUCACUGCAGCGGGAAGGUAAAUGGUGCUUCCGUGUGCUCUGGCGUCCGUCACAGUGUCCUGUUGUGCCAGAAGUGGUUUAGUCAUGGUGGCCACAUGACCCAGAUAGCUGUCUGUGGACAAACGCCGGCUCCCUCGGCCUGAAAGAGAGAUGAGCGCCGCAACCCCAUAGCUGCCUUUGACUGAACUUAACCGUCCAGGGGGUCCUUUACCUUUACCUUUUUUACCAUACCAUGUCUGGUGUUAAACUUGGGAUACAUUUUCUCAUGGAUGCUGUUCCUAUAAAUAGGCGUUUGAGGUGGGCUGAUGCAUUUGCUAGUAUGUUCUGGUUUGAUGUACUAAGGAUUGAACAAUGAGGGCAAGUCAAAAGCAGGAGUGAACCUUAUUUACACAUAUUCUCUUGUCAAACAAGCUGAUUCAAGAUGGUAGUUAUCUUUUCAAUUUCAUGUGCUGGCAAGUGUGAUUACAGGAGAGAUUAGAGGUGCUAAGCAUGUUUAUUUGGUUGUAAGUUCAAUUGAUUUAAGUGAGCCUUGCUUUCCAGUAAGUAUGCUUACGAAAUUCUAAUGAAAUGAAUUUUUAAUACAUUCUGAUCUGAGAAGCUCUGGAACAAGAGAUGAUAUCCACUUGAGCCAUACUCAACAGAGAAGACCCCUUGAUCUACUUGAGUAUGACUAACAUUUGAUAUUGCCCAGAUACAAUUCUAGAAUUUAUCUAAUUAAAAGUAUGUUGCUUUUAAGGAGGUGCAAGUACAGCAAUGCAAGUUGCCUCUUUAAGAAAACCUGACGAAGAUGACAUGGCUUAUUUUGAAAGACAGUAUCAGGAACGGGUAAGCCAUUGCAUACGUAGUUUAAAGCAAAAGCAUUUCUUUAAAGCUGAAGAUAAUUCGCUUUUGCUGAAUUUGAGACAUUUUUAAUUUCUAUAUAACUUUGUUAAAAUACUUUAGGGCAUUAUAUUGGUAUCUCAGAAUCAAAUGUGGUUGUAGAGAAGGAAAUAUCAGGUUUCUCAUAAUUUAUUAAGUGAUAGAAAUUUAAGCAGAUAAACACCGCUAACUGGUCAAAUGGAUUUACCGAGAGCAAUGAUUUCCUGUGGUAAGUUUGCUUAGUAUUGGCUUGCGGUGACGCAGAGGUGGGCUUUUUCCCUGGUGGCUCUGGUAUUGUGGCAUAAUUUCGCUGCUGAAAUAUGAGAGGCCUCCUCCGACUUGGCCUUCCACCAGCUUUUGAAGACAUACCUGCUUACCCAAGCAUUCACUUGAUCUCUUGGCCAGAGCCUGUUGUUUUAAUUGCUGUGCUGUUUUAAGGGAAUUGUUUUAUUGUAUAUUUUAAUUAUGGUGUCUUUUUUUAAAUAGUCUGUAUUUCUAACAAUGUUGUGCAGUUACGUUUUCAUGUUUUGUAAACCAUCUGGGCAUUAAGCAGCAAAUGAAUAAAUUAAUAAUGGCAAUAAUGAUUAUUUUUUCCUUGUGCUCCCACCAUCUCCUAUUGCAGUCUCAACAUUACAGUGGACCCGUGGGUUACAUUACCUUCGGGUAAUGUAACUUUUGGGUUUUGCCACACACACGCAGAAGCACUCUACUGUGCCACGUGCGUGCGCAGAAAUGGCGCCUCUAGAUGCGGACUUUUUGGGGUACGUAUGGACCCCCAGAACAAAUUAAGUUCGUAUCUGGUGGGUCUACUGUACUCUGAUCUUGGUUUUGCUUUGUAGUGGCCAACCACUUCAACUGUGAAAAGAAGUGGUGAAAAGAAGGAAGAAACCAGAAAGUAUGUAGCACACCAGAGUGGCUCACAGUGAGAAAUGGCAUUAAUGCUAAUAGGGUAGAGAAGUGGCUGGAUUUAGGUUGGCUGCAGCUAAGUACAGGCAAUGUGAAAUUUGGCAGGAAAAUGAGCGUAGCUCACUCCUUGAAGCUGCUUUGUUUUAUAAUUGGCUAGGUCUUUAAGUCAAAAGAGGUUAUUUUAUAAGUGAAUGUAUUUUAAUGUUUUCUUUUUUCUUUUUCAUCACAGUUGAAGCAAGAAAAGGCUGCUGCAAAACAGAAAGGAAAGCGUCCAGUGACAAAAAAUUCAUGAUAACCAAUAAAACAAAAGAAUACAUUUUUUAUUCAUUGUGAUUUAUUAGUGUUUAGAUACGUUUUCUUUAAUGAAUUCAGUAUGUGAAGAUUUUUCUAUAAGAUAAUAUGUGGUAGUACAUCAAUUUCUUUCUAGGCAUGGAAGCAAAAAUAAUGUCAUCCAACUAGAUAGAAUAUGCCAAGGACAAUGGUUUCCUCACUCACAUGUUAAGUAUCAGCAAAACAUGUUUGAAUACAGAGAUCAAAUAAUAAAAUUAUAUCCCUGUUCUUUUAGCUGUUUGGAGCUUCUUUUCUUCUACAAAAAUUUACACCAGUCAAAGGGUGAUUUGUUUUAUUUCCUUCAAAGUUUUAAAAUGUGAUCAUUAUCUAUUUCUAAUAAAAAUAUCAAGCUACCAGUGAUAAAAACUCUGGAUUUGAAAGGACAGCAUGGGGCCAAAAUACUCAUAAAAUUAGACUGUUAAGGUUAUGAUUUUCAUCCUAUGAAAGGAAUUAACAUUAACAAUACAGUGAACAAUAAGCAAUCUAUCUGUAUACUUUAUUGAGCAAAACAGGAUGAGAUAAUACUAAGAAGUGAGCUUGUUUGAUAGCCACCUGCUGAUACUUACAGGUUUGUGACCAGUAGUUCCAUUAGAGGCUGAAGAAAACUAAUCAGGUUUAACAUGAAGCUAUACAGCAGAAAUAUUGGCAUACCAGAUAUGUGGAGCCGAAUUGUACACGUUUAAUUUACUUGAAACAAGUCCUACUUGGUUCAAUUAAACUUAUAACUAACAGCACAAUCCUUAACUACGUCUACUUAGAAACAUUCUUAUUGGUGUUAGUAUUAUUUCAAUUUGAAUUCCCAUUGGAUUCAAGGUAAAUGGAAUUAGGCUUGCAGCCCAACUUCUUUUAAAACGACAGCCUGACAGUGUGAUCCUAAACUGUUUAUUUCAGAAGUAAAUCUCAUUGAGUGUGCUCACACUUGCCUCCUAGUAAGGGUGCUUAGGGGUACAUUGUUAUAAGCACUUCUAUGAAUUUGUUAAUACAGUGGUACCUCGGUUCUCGAGCUCAAUGUAUUCUGGAAGUCUGACUUCCAAAACAUUCAGAAACCAAGGCACGGCUUCUGAUUGGCUGAUUGGCCCCAGAAACAAUGCCGGCAGCCAAGAUGAACGUUCGGCUUCCGAAAAACAUUCACAAACUGGAGCACUUCUGGGUUUGCGGUGUUCGGGAGCCAAUUUGUUCGUCAACUAAGCCGUUUGGGAACCAAGGGACCACUGUAUAGUACAGUCAUUUUCAAUCAGUGCACUUCAUAAAGUACAUUUUAUCUUCUCUUUUACUCUGUAGCGCAUAACUCUUUUUAAGACAGGGCCACGUGCCAGUGGUGAGUGGGGACCAGAGGCAAAAGUGGGUAGAGCAGCAACUGUACACUUUACCUUUGUCCAGACUAGUUUUUACGCUCACCCACACUCCUAUCCUCCAUCCACACAAGCAAGAGGCAUUUUUCAGAGUUGAAGGACACAUUCCAGCCAGGCAAAAAACACUGGGUACAAAAUCGUGAGGGAUGUGGCCAAGAGGCAGACUUUGAUAUUUCAAAUUUCAGCAGUGGUCUGUGCAAGACCAAAAAUCAGCACCUCCUGUAUCUCGCUUUCCGUUCUUCCCAAUUCGACACAUCAUAGUUGCAACACCCCCUAGGCUCAGUGUAGAAAAAGAGGACCACAUUUGGCCCCCAGGUCUGAGGUUCUCAACCCUUGCACAGUACAUCAGAUAUGGACAUCCUAUGCCUUCCAGACGUUGAGACUACAACUCCCACACUCCUACACCAUUGGCUAUACUGGCUGGGGGUGAUGGUGGUUGGAGUUUUAACAACAAACAAAGGGCUCAAAGUUCUCCAGUUCUGCUACAGAUCCUUUUGACGUGUGUGUGGUGGGGAAUGUCCUGUGGAACAGCGAAUACAUGGCCCAACCAAGCGUUAGGCUUUGAUUAUUUCAGAAGCUUUUGUUCAGAGAGAAACUACACAGUCCAUGCAUACUGGAUGGGAAGAAAGGAGGGUUUUGCUACUUGCCCUUUCAAGGAAGGCAAGUCACGUUAUGAGGAAAACCGCUUGAAAAGAACAAGUGAACAGCUUCAAGGCGACCUCCCAGUAAACAGGCAUAAGAAAGAUCGGGUUGCAAACCCCUUUAGAUUCUGUAAGCACAUAGUUCAAUUGCAUGUCUCCCUAAAGACGCCGUGUACUGAUCGUCCUGUGUUUCAGCUUUGAUGGUGCGCCUGCAAUCUUUCCACUCACCGUAGAGAUCCUUCGCCUUCAGGUGUCAGAUAUCUGCCAAUGCCUCCGGUUUGAGGGGGUGGUCGGGCUUGGCAGCUCCUCCCCGGGUCCUCCACACAACCCUUUCCAUAGCGCCCAGCCGCGGAUACAAAUAGGAGCAUGUUAGGUUGCAGGUAGACCCACCCUGGAAUUUGUUUGAAAGACGGGAUAGCAUCGCUGUUUGAAAUCAAAUAUUGAUUCAAGUGGCUUGUCUGCGCUUAACUCGGUAUAGGGAUACGGCUCUCAAGGGGUAACUAAGAAAGUCUAAAAAAAUGCAUUUCUGAAUUCGCACGUUUAGGAAUUCAGCAUUUAUUGCACCAACCAUGCUCCCCCCCGCCCAGCAACUUAAGUGUUAUUUAUUAAAUUUAUAUAUACCGCCUUUCAUUCUUGGAUCUCAGGGCGGUUCACAACAUAAAAUAAAGUCGCUUAAGUGCCUAGGAUCGCAGCUAGAUCAUACGCGUAUUUGUUUCUCCAAAGUCUCUGCGUUCAAUACUGCUCCUUUCCCUGCGCAGGAAAGUCCCAUUGAAAUCAGCGGGGGUUCAGUGCCGUCCAGUAGCACCGUCGAGCGCCCUGGGACUUUUAAAUUAUUAUUACUAUUUCUUUUGCGUCUCAACGCGCCCGUGCGUCAACAGGAGGCGCAGCGGGGCCUAUGAAAGCGCGCAAGUCUUACGAAGUCCGCGCUGUUCCAUCCUCCCAACCACCGUCGGCAGCCGCGUGGCUUGCAAAGGGCGCAAGUUUGCGCUUGCUGGUGCCUUGCGGAGAGAGGGGGGUGUCUUUCGGUGACUUUUCCGCCGACUCCGCUUCUCGUUCAAGGUUCUGUGCCAUUCAUAAGGAUUGGUGCGUUCCUGGACGGGCAGAGAGAGCAAGAGGAGGAGGCGGCGGCUGAGGGCGACGCGUAAGUGUCGUCGAGCCUUAGCAAAAUGGCGGGGCGUCUUCUUUCAAGGGCCAGAUUAUGGAAAGGCUGCAUCUGAGGGAAAAACAGGCCUGUUACCCUGUGCCUUUGCUUUCCUUUGAAUCUUAAAUAUGUGAGGGAUGGGUGUGUGUGUUUUGAGGCAGGUGGACGGCAGGUUUUUUGCAUUUAUAUAGCGCUUUUAUCCCCCCCCGGUACUUUUAUCUCUGCAAACCUGACGGCUCUCCUGAAAGAGAGGCCAGCCAAUAUUAACAUCCUCGGGUUUCAGGGGCGGGGUGGGGGGAGAGACUAAAAGCCUUUUGUAGUGUCUUCACACAUGUGGUAAAACUUCGGUGUGGAGGAGACCUGACAGCUCACAUUUUUACACAUACUGUCCUUGCUGUAUGUUGUAGGUUUAUGAAUAGACUUAGGACAUAGAAAUUAAUAAAAUUCUAGGAUUAUUAUUUGGGGUGGGAAGGGAGAAAUACAAGAUGCAAAGGAAUUAUUGGGUCGUCGUCUCCUUGUUCUUUAGCAUCACUCAUAGCCGAGUAAGAUUGUCUUCCAUAAGCACUGUUUUAACAAUGAGUCUGUAAGUAACUGUGGAGGCCAAUUCUGGACCCACACGUCCUUCCACAGUGGGGACAUUGGUUUGCGGGCGGGAGCUGAUUACGGUGUGGAUUUGCCAAGGUGCCUUCCUCUUAGCAUGUUUCUCCCUUGCUAAGACGAGGGUCUUCAAAGCCCAUGACACCUUUGGUAAAGGGUGUUCUCCAGUUGGAGUGCUUGCAGGCCUGUGUUUCCCAGUUGUCAGUGUUUAUACUACAUUUUUAAAGAUUUGCCUUGAGACAGUCUUUAAACCUCUUUUGUUGACCACCAGCAUUAUGUUUUCCAUUUUUAAGUUCGGAAUAGAGUGGCCAAGUUAAGGCCAUUAAGGGAAGAAUAGGGAGCCAUUAAGGGUCGUUAACAAGACAAGGGCCCUAGGUAUGACCAGAGACUGGGGAUUUGGAAGGUUGCCCUGGUAACUGCUCUGGGGAAGGGCAAGGGGAUUCUGGGAAGAAGAAGGGGGAAGGGAAGGCUGGGAUACAUCUUUGAGGGAAGCCACCUCUGGAAAUGUGCGUGCUGAAGGUGCAAAUAGGCCCUAUCUAGGGUUGCCAUAUUUCAGAAAGUGAAAAUCCAGACCACGAAAGUUGCUGAGCUGCUUUAUUGGGGUGGGGGCGCAAAGUUGUUGAGCUCAAUCAGGAAAGAGAUAUUUGGUUCAUGGUAGAUAAUCCAUUGAAAGUGUCAAUGCAGUCUGCUGGCAGCUGCAAAGAAUACAAAUUCCAUGCUAGGGAUUAUUGGGAAAUUCUAUGGUAGGGAUUAUUCACUGAAAAUAGAACUGGCUGUAUUGAAAUACCCUAUAUAUGUCCUUGACUGGAAUAUUGUGUACAGUUGCCAUAUACCGAAAGGAUAUUGUAAGGCUGGAAAAUGGCAACCAAAUUUAUGGUGGGAUUGGAACACCUUGCCUAUGAGGAAAGGCUAAAGCAGCUGGCACUUUUUAGUUUAGAAGGUAGGUGUGUAAGGUGGGACAUGAUGUGAGCCUUGUAACGUUAUGUACGGUGUGGAGAAAGUUGGUAGAACAUAAGAACCUUGCAGGAUCAGGCCGAAGGUUCGUUUAGUCCAGCAUCGCAUCUCACAGUGACUGAUCAGAUGCCUAUGGGAAGCCUUCUAGGCAGGACUUGAGUGUAAUGCUUCUACUUAUAUAGCCACAAUGGUUAGUAGCCAUUGGUAGCCUUAUUCUUCAUUCUUGAAAAAUCUCCCACAUAGAUUUGUGUUCUGAUGUAAGACGUGCAUUUUUAAGGCUCUGGAAAUGUGCUGAAGUUGGGUAAUGGGGAUUGCUGAAAGUAGUGGGAGGAAGAGAAGGAUGUAAAAACUCCAUACUAUAGUCUUUAUAAGUUACUUCUAGCUUAAGGUUACCAGAUUUUUUUCAAUGAAUCUGGGGACACUUUUCAACGUCAAUGGAUUUUGUAUGGGGACUGAUUUGUAAAUCUGGGGACUGUUCCCGGGAAAUGGGGAUGUCUGGUAACCUUAUUCUAGCUGUUUUCUAUAGGUUCUGCCGUGGCCAUGGGGAAACCUGCCCCCCCCACAGGUCAGGCCAGGUAGCACCAGAAUCUCUUCAUCCCCAGGUAGGCAGUUGGACUGUCUGUGACACCUAGAUCUUCCUGGAGGCAAUCGUAUGGUAUCUGAUGAACAUCCUGGGGAAGGAGGAGGAGACGAAACAGUGACGUAAAAUUUACACUUCAGAGUCUAUAGGGGUACUAAGCUGUGUAUCUCAUGUUUAAUCAACAUGGCACUCCGCUUUGGACUAUCGUUACAUAAACAUUUUUCUCAUGGAUCAUGUCUUGUUUUAGGUUCUGCUGAUAUGGAAGAGGAUUCAGGAUAUAACAAAGGUACACAUACUAAUAUUGUUUUACUUCUUUAACGCUGAAUUCAUGAGCUGACUUGUAAUUCUUUCUGCCCACAGUUGUUAGCUGCCAUGUUGAAGAUGCUAUUACAUUUUGGGCACAGGUAAGGUUAAGAUUGUGGGAAGUGAUGAAUGACUAACUGAAUAAAGUGGGAUCAGGGCAACUAACUAAUUAUUAAAUUUGGCAAAAGCAAGUCUUUGCCCAUAUUUUUAUGAGCACGCCUUAAAACUGUACCCCUUCUUAUAUUAGUAGUGUAAAAGGCCUUUCAUAUAAAUGUUGACUUCAAGUUUAAUUUGUGCCAUUCAGGAUAUUAAUAGACAUAGCGACAUAUUGAAGACUAGCCGUUCUCUAGCUGAAAUCUGUCCUCUAGCCAGCCCAGUCUUUGGCAAUCCUGAUCUUACCAGGGUAAGUUGUACAUGUUGUUUCUUGGUUCCUAUAAGUAUAAGAACAUCUAAUAGGCAUCAUUUGAAUUUACAGUCCUGUGUAUGCAAAUUUGAAAAGUUCAGUUGUGUUUUUUGACUCGGGAAGUGGGGUUACAGUGGUAAAGAUGAAUUGUAUCAGCUAUUCAGUUGCUCAUUUGGCAUUUUUGGUUGAAUUUGAAGAUUUUCGUCUUGAUUGUUAUCUUUAUUACAGUGGUAACACUUUUGGAAUGCAGAGUUAAAUUUUCUACUGUGUGUAAGCUUGGUUGACAGUAUAUUUAAGUGACUUCCUUAAGAACUAGUGUUAUACUGCAUACUUCUGCAUAAGUGUAUGUGUUCAAACAUUUAAGCAUCUUCAAAAGGCAGCUCUAUAUCUGUAUUCAUGAGAAGGUUGCCUGCCACCUAAACACUACAGAAUAAACCACUGAAUUAAAAACAUCUGAAGAAAAUGUCUUACAAAUACAUGCAGGCUUAUGAAGUGACCUGUGGGUUGUUGUUUUUUUAAUUUGCAGAUCUAUGGAGGAUGCUUUUCUGAAGAUAAAUGUUGGUACAGAUGCAAAGUACUGAAGGUUAUCAAUAUUGAAAAGGCAAGGAAUUCCUACUCAGAUUGAUUUCCGAAAUACAGUCUGCAAUCUUUUAAGUUCAAAUCUUAGUUGAUAAUAGCUUGGAUACUGUCUUCCUGAAAUCAUUGAGUCCAAAUCUUACUUGAUAGUGCUAUUUCAUGUUGAUGGUUUCAAGUCUAAUGAUGAGCCCUGCUUGAUCAGGCCUAGCUAAUCCAACAUCUUUCUGCCUAGUUUCUGUACUAAACUUUAAGGAACUGCUAACUUGGAUUUUAAGUAACAGGGCAGGAACUUCUCAAAUAACAUAAGAUUACUGUCAUUUCUUUGGGCUUUUUAAUUCUAUUUUUAGUAGCUAGAUGUGUGCAGAAAUACUUCCUAUAACUAAAUUAUUUUCUGUAAGUGCUUAACCUUCUUUAGUAGUGGUUGCAGAUUCCUAACUAUUUCUUUAGUUAAAGUUGUGUGCAUGUAGGAGUGCAAAGACAACUGGGGAGUGAGUCCCCUUGAACUCAGUGCAGCUUACUUCCGGGUAGACAUAAUGUACUGUGAACACCAUAAGCUAUAACUCCAAUAGGCAAUUGGUUCUUAUUGAUUUGUUUUACUGGUUUUUGUUUUAUUACAGUGCCAGGUAUUAUAUAUAGACUAUGGAAACUCUGAGGUUCUCAAUCGAUCAGAAAUAGUUGAGAUUCCAGAAAACUUGCAGUUUCCUAGUGUGGCGAAAAAGUACAGGCUGUGGGGAUUACAGAUUUCAGCUAAUCAAGAUUUAAAUCAUUUUGACCAGGUGAGACAGACUUUUCACAUGUGUAUGAACAGUUCAGCAAUCAGGAAUGUAAAAAGGCAGUUGAUUUCUGUUUUAACCUGUCGUGUUACAAUCAGUGCUGUGGUUCAGUUUCCACCAAAUGCUAUGUUGUCCAUCUUGCUGUCUCCUACUUAAUUUAUGUAACUAUUUACAUAGGUUUAACAUAAUUAUUUCACACAGUCCAUUUCAGUGUAGAGGAAAUGUCAAAACAGUGUUUAGAAAAGAAGUAAUUAUGUAUCGGUUGCAAUCUUAAAAAACAACAACAAAACCCCAAAGAAGAUUACAAACAAAUACCAAUCAUAGUCCCUGGAUUGGAUUGAUUUCUGUUCUGAAUUUCAGGCAGAAUUGCAAACAGCAGCUAUUUCUGUUCCCAAUGGAAUUCUCAAAACAUACCCUGGUGGUCAAGCAGUUUCCAUUGGAGUAGAGGGAAUCAAAUACAGCUCAUACAGUGGACGCUCGGGUUGCGAACGUGAUCUGUGCAGGAUGCACAUUCACAACCCGCAGUGUCCGCAACCCGCAGCGGUGUGUCUGUGCAUGCGCGGGUUGUGAUUCGGCGCGUCUGCGCAUGCACAAAGUGCGAUUUAGUGCUUCUGUGCAUGCGCAACUGCCGAUACCUGGAAGUAACCCGUUCCUGUACUUCCGGGUUUUGGCAGUCUGCAACCCAAAAAAAUGCAACCUGAAGCAUCUGUAACCCGAGGUAUGACUGUAUUUGAAACCAGGAAGAAAAACACCUGCUUGAUUUCUUCAUAGUUGCCAAAGAUUGCAGUUUGCCUGGGUUUUGUGUUCCUCUAGAAAUCUUGCAAUAAGCUGACACUUGCCUUUUCACUGUAGAAUUUAGGUUUAUAGAUGUAAUAUUAUAUUAUGUUCCCUUUUUUGAUUAUGAAGUUUGUCAUUUCAAACUUAAGUGGCCCCAUUCACGUGUCCUGUUAAGCCAUGCUUUAUGGUGGUGUAUCCAAGCUGCAGUGCACCUUGGGUGUGUGUGCUACAUUUUAGUCAUCCUAUAUGACCAAGAGGAGGAUUUUGGAGCAUUGCCUCUGCUUUUACAUAACCGCAGUUUUCUGUAUCGUCCGAACUGAGAGCUGUUGUUAAUACUUACCAUGAUGAAUUCCAACAAGCCAACUUCGUACCCCUUGGGUUGAAGUUGAUGUGGCGUUCGUACGGAGCCCCCGGUUGUCUCAUGGACUGUUGACCCGUACACCACUAAUCCACUGUCACCAACCAGGUCCUCCCCGGUAAAUCACUUAGUCUCAGUCAGGUUCUUAAGUUAACAAAGAAAAGUGUAGUUUAUUGCAGACACAAAUAAACUUUAACUGCAUUCAAAAUUUUACUCUUUACCCUCUUAUUUUAUUCUGUCUCUAACUCUUCUACCUUCCCUCACACAAGAACCAAUUGCACUAACUGUCUCUCUAAUUCCAACUGUCUGCCAACUGCUUUCCCAACUGCCUUUUCCCAACCAACUAACUAACUAACUAACUAACUAACCUCGGGCUAAGCCCUUUUAUAAACAGGUCGCUCUGCCUCUGGCUUUUCUAUUGGUCUACCUAUUAACUCUUUCUCUCCCCCUGUACAGACAUUUUCAAACGAACGGGCAAACGCCACAGUUGGCUUGUUGGAAUUGAACUUUAUUUAGUGUUACCAAAGUUUGUUGUGCCAAACCAUACAACAAAUUGCAAUUAAGGGAAAGUAAAAGCAGAAGUCUUUGAGUUCUUCCUCACAGCCAUGCAGGAUGGGGGAGUGUGUGACACCAAGGCUCAUUGAAGCUCAUUUAUGUCACAUACAUCAUUUUCUUGCUAUCUGGAUCAUUAUUGUAUUUGGGUUAUUACUGCAUUUUUCGUUAAGUGUGGUCAGCCAGUUUUGGUAAGUGGACAACACAAGUGUCAAAUUAAUGCUUGAGCUGAUUAUAAGAGUGGCUUUGUGUAUUCUUUAUUCAAGUUAUAAAAAUGCUUGCCACACCUUUGCAUACCUGACUUGGUUUCUGCUAACCCUGAGUUAGGGACUGAAAGCAAUGCAGAUUGGUAAACCACAGUCCUGGAUCUUGAAAGGAUUUAUCAGCCCCUUUAUAGCUUCUGAGAUUUUAACUGAGCACAGCUCAUACAUUUCCCAGGUUUCUCUGAAGCCGUAAACUUGAUUUCCAAAGAUCAAAAAUUAGAUCUAUCUGCGCCUGUCAGAUAAAUUUGCACAAUUGCAAAUGCUGCAUGUAUACCACAGCCUUGAUUGUAAAACUUACACAACAAACUAUUUCAUAAACUUUUCUGAACUCCCCCCCCCUUUUCUUUUUUGCAGGCCAGGAGAUUUCUGCAUAGCUUGAUUUUUGAAAAAGAAAUAAAGACGAGAAUCAAAGCCACGUAUCAGGAUGGUACCAUUGUGGCUGAAGCAGAGUGUGGGCUACUGGAUAUUGGGGAAGAAAUGGCCAAAAAAGGAUUUGCUGAAAGAUGCAAGUCUCCUGUAAAUAGUAAUUCCUGUGAUACAAAAAUGGAUUCCUCUCUCUGCCAAUCCAGGAAUGCAAAUUCUCCAGCUCCAGUGUGGUCCAGCAGAGCCAGCUCUCCAUUAAGCAACAGAGUAGGCAUGGGCUUUGGUGACAAUCCACCACUGAAUGGAAGGAAUGAGAAAAACGGUGCAAACCAUGUGCCUUUUAUUAAGUAAGUCACAGUGGGAAAACAUUUUCUGAUGUAAGAGGUGGUCUGAGAUGUAGUUUGAGAUAAAGUCCAAUACAACAUGCUUUUGAAGGAUGCUGGGGGCUCCUGGCCUUGAAACCAUGGCCUUUUAACUGGAAGAUCUUGCUUUAAAAUCCCUGAUUGUGUUGGGCUGGUGCUUGUUAUGUAGUGGUGAGAGGCAUUCCACACAUGUCCAGAGGCACUUUUUAAUUCAAGUGAUCCAGUGCUUAAACCUCUGAGGCUGCAGAUUGGUUCUGAAUUUUUGUUACAUUCUGGUUCCCUGGUCGGUGUGCAGGAGGAAUCCAGAUAACCAUUGGUCAGCUGCUCCCAAAGUCUUGGACUGACAGGGACAUGUGACCAAAUUUUGUGCUAACUAGCCAGCUCCUGAGUCACUCCUCCCAAGUCAUUUUGAUGCCCCCUGCAGAAAUACAGUACUUGUUCAGCUCUCUGCUUCACCACUCUUAGCUGUGUUGUUCUUGGCUCUCUUUUAUGCUAGUCUUUAUUUUUCUCACCACCUGUGCAUUUGUCAUUUCCUUUGCUCUUGCUUUUCCUCUUUCCCGCCAAACAUUUUUCUUCCUUUUUUUUGGUUGGUUUUUUUUUUGUUCUCUCCCCCUCACUCUCCCCACCUCCUUUUCUCUGGCCAUAGCAUUGUUGGGAAAUAAAUGUCUGACCCUGCAGGAAGAUAGGUGAAUUAAACGUGAUGCGGUCUAAAGCAGACACAGCUAAAUAAAGACACGGACGCCGCAAGCAAGAGUGGUGGGAGACAUUGCUGGGACCCUCCAUGCUGCUGCUGCCAUCAGGGGCUGGUUGGAGUUGAGAAAUAAAUAGAUGUAAUUCUGGCUGCAGAGGCAGUUUGUGAUUCCAGCUGGGUUUGGGGUUGUCAUUUCCUGCUUCUGAUUUAGUACGCCAAUCUAGUGUGGCACCUUCUUUGAAUGAAUAAUUCAUGGCAGUGCCCUCAUCUGGCCAACAGAGGACCUCCAUUCCUAGGCUAGAGACAUCAUGAAAUGACAACUAAUUUGCACCUUUUCUGCCGCUGCCACCUCUUCAGCAGUGCCUGUUUUGCCCUUGGGAAAUCUGGUAGUUAUCUGUGGCUGCAGAAGGCUUCCAUUUCCCUGGUAUAUCGAGAGUGCCCUUUAAGAAUAGCAUUAGGGGGAACAUGUGCAAUAAAGGUGGUCUUUACCAAUUAAGCAUCUAAGCCAGCUUUCGCCACUCUCGUGCUCUCCAGAUAUUUUGAACCUACAACUCCCAAAAUCACCAGUCAGCAUGGCUAUGUUGGCUGGAGGUGAUGAGUCGAAAUCAUUUGGAGGGCACUAGUUUGGACUUGGAAUCUCUUGAAGUCAUGUAUCAACUUUGUAUUUAUUUUUCAAUAGGGAGAAAAUGGUGACUUGCGACUUUAGAAGGGUCUCAAACAUUAGCUUGGAAAAAAUAAAGCAAGACCAGAAAAUGAUAGAGGAGAAUGAAAAGUUGAAAGCGGAGAAAGAGGCUCUCAGAGUGAAAAAUGAGGAUCUUCUCCAUCAGUGUGAAGAACUGGAGUCAACUGUUAAGAAGCUUACUUGUGAUCUGGAGGUACAGCCAAUAGAUUGAUUCUGCAUCCCAGAGAUACUUAACUGUAGAGUUGGCAUUCGUGUGAGGCAGGGUGAAGCACCCACUUUAGGCGACGGAAGCACAAGAGGCAGAGCUCUGCCCACCAUACCACUUCUGUCACCACCAGAAUGCCCUGUUCUCACCAGUGAGAUGGAGAUGUUCCCUGCCCCCAGGGCAGAGAAACCGAGCAGCAACGCCAUGCGGAACAGCUUGGCUCCUGCCGAGUUCAGCAAGAGCUGGGGUGUUUCUGUGUGCAGCGUUGCCACUAAGGUGGUAAAACGGGCUGGGCUGCCCCUGCUUAACUGGUAGCCAUACAAUAGUGAUCUGGGUUCUCCUGUUGAUGAUAUAACUGAUACACAGAAGAUUUAAUUCUUCUGUGCUACUUGAAGAGGAAGUACUUAGUUAAAGAAUGGCUCUCCUCCCCACUGCCCGCCCUUUUAUGGUUCCCAUUUCCCAUGCCUCCUAUCAUGGUCGCCACCUUGUUUUCCUUCAGCAGACAGGAAUGCUGGCCAAACCCGAUGGAUGGUAAAUGUGGGUGCCUGAUUGCAAUCCCUUACGUGCCUAGUUGCAAGUAAGCCCCGCUGAUUUCAGUGAACUUCCUCCUUGAAAAGUUUGUAUAAUAUUAUAGCCUAAGGCAGCAGAAUUCAAGUGACUUUCUAGGUUAAUUGGAAAUUCCUCUGCAGGACCAAAGCUGGUCUUUGGUUGGUUCAGGGUAUGAUGGCAGUUGUGCCACUCCUCUGCUUUCCAAUUUGCUUCCUGUUAUGCCAGACAAGUGACUGAAACCAAAAGCUGUGUGUGUGCCACAAACAUAAAAACACACUGCACAGUGCAAAAGUUCUUCAAUUAAAGCCUGGUCAUCUGGCAAUGCAUUGCAUGUAAUACUGAGCACCUUGGAGGAAGGCUAUUUAUACAAAUGCAGCAUAAAUUAGUAUAAUUCUGCAUUUGAUAGUCACUGAAAGCCAAGUCUACUGCCCUUAUAUUCUCUUAGCUCCAUGUUUGCAUGUGGAUAUUUUGAUGAUAUUUUUUUUAAGUUAAAAAUAUGCUUUGGUGCUUGGCAGAAAUGGUGUGAUACUAAUGCUCGAAUCCUUUUCUUCUCCAAUGCCAUAGGAGGAGAAAAGAUACAAGGAAACUUUUGAGGUGUUGGAAAACGCUCUAUCAACAUAUAUAGGAACUACAGUGGGAAACUUGGCUGACAAGUUCGAGAAAUUGAAAGAAGCUAGGUAUAGUGUACAUUUCUCCUCCUCAACUAAAACAUAUUUCCCAGUGAUGGGUUUCUGUUGUGAAUCACAAUUUUUAAAAGGUUCUUCUCAAAUAACAAACCUUGUUCUAGCAUUGUUUGGAGAAGAGCCUUAAUCAUUUUGUCGUUUAAAAAAUGGUUGUUUUUAUAAUUUGUCAUUUUAAUGCAGUAGAACAGCGUUUGAUUGCCAGUAAUAGUCAGAGAGUUCAGAUUUUAGUUGAGUUUCAGUGACAUAUUCCCUGCCUUUUGAAGUUGAGUCACUGGCUGGAGGCUUUCUUCCCUGAAAAGUGCAUACAACUCAAGGAGGAAGUGAGGAAGAGCAUCACUCUUCCAAUAUACUCCUUGGACAGCUGAUGGUUGUCUUUGUACUUCUCUUUGUACUUCUGAAAUGUUUAUCUUCACUGGCAUGAAGUUUAGGUGUUAAGUGCACAUUGCAUCCACAGGUAGCAGUAAAAGCUGAGCAGAGGGGAAGGAAUGAUGCAAGAGAAAAGGCAGGCUACAGCUUUACAGGGUGCAGCAUAUAAGCAGUAAGGCAGGGGUGGGCGAGUUACAGGCAAGGAUCCUAUUUCUUACACCCCAUGUGCUGUCAGAAAUGUGUGGCUCAGCCUUCCUGGUAGGAGCUGGGAAGCUACUUCCUAACAGCUUGAGCUGUUCCAGUGACCGCUGCCCAAACAGCCAAGGGCAUAGCAAUGACACCAAGCCAUGAAGUGGACAGGCUGGUGUGCACUGACCUCUCUUUAAGUGAGGGAGCGGAAUGCCCACCCCUCUCACCUCUUCGCCCAGGGAUCUUUCCUGAUGUCCCAGCACCAGAUGUAGAAUACAGCUUCAGUUGCAUCAUAGAAAUAAAGCGCCUUGAAGUUCCUUGUUUUGGAUAAGUGAAGAUAGACAGAAGAAGAUGAUAGACAGGAGAAGAAGGGCCUUGCAUGAGAGGCAGGGUAGAGAGGAUCUCCCAGGGUGGGAGGCUGGGGGAAGAGGGGGAAGCUCCCAGUUGAGAGCUGGGAGGGUUUACUUUUGUGUGUGUGGAAUAAGGGAUAUGAUACAAUUGUGAUAGAGGGGUUUGUAUUUCCCCCUUUGCUGCUCUUCUCCUUCUCCUUCUCCUCCUUGUUUUUUUUUUAAUUUUCUCUCUUUAGAUUAGCUCAGUUUUUAUUGUAUUUUAUGUGGAAAACUUUCAGUAAAAAUUGAUUUUUUUGAAAAAGGAAAGAAAUAAAGCCCCCAGAAGGAAAAGGAAAGAGAAAGUAGUUUGAUAAUUAUGAUAGGAAAGGCAAAAGAAACCACAGGUCGGCUGAAGCCCAUUGUCAUCUCGGGCAAAAUUGCUUCCUAGCCCCAUCAACUGGUGGCUAAUGCUAAAUCGAUAGCAAUGUGCAGCAUGGGAUAAUGCGGUAAAGAAACACAGUGAGUGAGUGGUCAGGCUGGGAAUGCAGUGAUCUGGUCCCUAGAGAGAGGCCCUACUUUUAAUAGGCAGUGAGCCAAUGAGAGGGAGAAGUUGCCUCUGGUCUCUUUGGAUCGGACAUUGCUGCUCCCUCAAACCACCAUCUGAUUGACUGAAGUCAUUCAAAGCUGGCUCUCUCUGUGCUGCCUUCAUCUUGAUGUGGGGCAGAAAGUUUAUCCCGAUGUAAAUGGGGAUCCAGGAUGUAAUGAAGCUACGGAGUACCAUGGGCUAAAGACAGAAAAGAAGGGGACCCUUUCCUAUUGGUAAAAGUUAUACCUGCACUUAUCCCCUAUGUCAGUGGUUUGCCCAUAAAAUAAUAGUUCCAAGCAGAUCGUUGUUUGGUCGCAUACCAGAUGGCAGCAUUCUGAUAGGUAACAGGCUGCCAUAUAUCAAAAUUUUGUGUUUUCUUUUUUACAAGGGUGUAAAAUCAGACAGUCCAGUCUAACCAGAAAGAAGGCAUAAGUUAUUACUAUUUUAAUUAAGCUGCAUUUUCCAUGAUUUUCUGUGUUUUUCCUGAUAGUUACACACACAGAGAAAGAGAGAGGUGUGUGUGUGUGUGUGUGUAUGUAUAUAUAUAUAUAAAAUAGUCUAUUACAUAUAAAAAUGAGAGUACAACUGUUGAUAAGGCAGCUUAAAUGCUCUAUUCAUUUUCAAAUCUCUUUCACCCAGACAAGUCAGUCUGAAUGCUCGUUUUGGAGAAGACCUUUCAAAAGCUAUUAAAGUGGUUACCGAAGGAUGCCUUGCUGCUCCCCUGUCCUUGGAAAAACUGGAGAAAAUUUGGAUUGACUAUAACGCUUUUCAAGAGGAAAUAUGUGCAUGCAAAUGUGUGGUAUGUAGAAUAGCUUGUGCCCUUUUUUGCUGAGGCAUAAACUAUAAUGAUCAUUUUUGUUUAUAGUUUUUAAAAAAAAAGACAUUUCUGGAAUUAACUUGACAUGUGACAUGUUCAGUGAUGGGGGAUAUAAUUAUGCUAGAUCUGAGUUUGCUGAGAGAAGGGGAUGCAUGGUCUAUUAUUAUAAGAAUAAUAUAAUAAUUUUCCCAUCCCACACAACCCAUUGGGCACAGGGUAGUCAAGCAGGGCUUCUGAGUGCUGGAAAUGCAGGAGAAAACUACUGAAAGUCAACUAACAGUUCAGGGCUCCCCCCCCCCUUUUUCUCUGUGGGUCAUUCCUUGCUUGCAGUACACCUCACACUUUCUCUCCCAAAUCCCAAGCCUAUAAUGUGGUUUUUGCCUGAGAGGGUCAUAGAACGUGGCUUGGAAAGGGCCAGAUAGCUGAGUUAGAAGUGUUUUGAUGAAAGUUUUAAGUAACAUAACAACUCUCAAAUUAGCCAGGCAGCAUGCAGCCAAGGAAAAAAUGCCACUUAAAGCUUGGAGACGCUAAGAACUUAGAUAAAGCAAUCAGACAUCCCAAAAGAAUGGUAGCUGUUUGUCAACUAGCAUACCUUGCACUCCCAUCUCUUCCUGCUGCAAUGUGACCUGUGCUAGCCUGUAUUGCGGGCAGGUAAAAAACCGCAGCACUUGUAGUUCCAGUGAUAUUGGAUUGAUGCCAGUACCCUCUUAGUGAGUCUGCGAAUGCAUUUGCAGAUUGGGACUUGCUGGAGAGUUUUUCCUCUUGCAGCUGAAGCCCUUCUUUACAUUUGGUAGGCACACAAGCACCAGUAAAUGUUGGUGGUGAUUCAGUAGUCUUUUCCUUAUACACCCUUUGUAAACAAACCUUUGGACCAGCCAGAGGCCAGUCUCACAAGCAGUAGUUUGCAUGAAUUGUUUUCUCACUUAACUGGAUGAGUUGCAGGUACACUUUCCCAUGAAUAUAAUAUAUUCACCUCACUACCUGAAGCAAAGGUUACAUUAGAUUGUAAAAAUAAUUUCUUUUCUCCCAGCUGUCACAGAGUUUGUUUCUCAUGAGUGUGUAUCUGUAGCAAUCCAGGUGGUAGUAGUUCUGUAGCCCAGAUGCUCUUGCCAUACAAGUAGGGUCAGUAGGCUGCAAAAUGUUCGAGAGCAUCAACCAGGACAGUAAUCUGAAGCUGCUGUCUUUGCUCUUCAUCUGUAGUUAGCAAAGGAAGAGCUCUACUUAAGUCCUUGAGAAACUGUCUGCUUGCUUAAGUAUACACUGAGGCCUGACUGCAUCUGAGCCUAGUGAUUUUUUUAGCUGCCUUCUGUGUCAGUAGCUCUGUAAUUGCAGACAGCAACCGGAAAGAUGCCUCAGCGCUCCCUUUGCAUUCUGGGCUUGGUUUAGUUAGGUGGAGGUAAAUUAGAGCAUUCUCAGAUGGAUCCCUCUCUAGAAAACUGAGCUACACAGAAAACACAGUUUCUAAAGUAAAGACUACCUCUUAACCAAUGAAAAGAACACUUGGCCUUACCUGUGAAGGGGAUACCAUGCGCAUGUAAGAAGCCCCAAUGAUAGUAGAUUACAGGCACAUGGGAUUGGAUCGUUUACUACUCCCUAACCUAGCUCCCAUAGUUCUUCCUUUUUAAAAAAAUCUUCUCCCAGGAUGCAAAUGGCAGCCUCCUGAGGCUAGACGGCAUGCAGUUAAUUGUGCUUUCUUCUCUAGGUGGCUACUACUGGGAUAGUUUGUUCCCUUAUGGCUUUGGCAUAAAUACACCAGAAUCAGUUUUGAAAACAUUAUAAUAACUGCUUUCAUGGGAUGAGGAAGGAUAGGGAUGUAAUUUGUUUCUAGCAAAUUCACAUUGGGGACAGCCAGCUUUGGUUGUUGAUUGCCCAGAUGUAGUUUCCCCUGAGUUAAGUCUGGGAAAGAUCGUGCACCUGAACAAAAUGCAGCAAGUGUGCUUCCAGAAAGAGACCACUGCUCUUAGAUGUUUAGUGUGCACUUUACGGUUCAAAUGCAAGAUUGUGUGAAAGUUAAGUUAAUUUUUGCAUGAUUUGGCUCACCACAUACUCAGUAGUCUAUUGCCUUGUGAGUGAAUUAAGAGUUUUGGGGGGUUUAUUCCUGACCUUGCUUUUCCCUUCAACACAGGACGAAGUGCAGAGCUUGAUUCAACGUAGAAAUGAAGUGCAGCAGAACCUGUAUUCUACAGUGCAAGAAUAUAUUAUGGAAGUGGAUGAUUUACCCCUUUCAGAGCGCUUGGAAACAUUGCAGGUUGGGAACAGAGCUGCAUGCAUAUCCUAUCUGUGCACUAUUUUGUUUUUUUAAAGUUGGCCACCUUGUAUCAAAACAGUGUUAUGCUGGUAAUGUCCCGUACAUGGUAACAUGAUAGGACAUCCUAUCGAACAUUUCCUUGCUUCUGAAGGUAUAUUGAUAUCACAUUCUGCUGUGUCUGGUGUCUUACUGGAGAAUGGUGGAAGCAGAGGGUGUUACUUAUUCCUGUUCCCCAACGCUUAGUCCACAAAGGCUAGAAAAUAAACAUAAAGUAGAACUUCAUGUGAAAUGUUACAUGCUGUUAACCAGUCUAGGUGCUCUUUGAAAUAGAUGUGUAGGGUGAGAAAUGAACCAAUUGUAUGCUUUGUGCCUAUCUAUAAAAUAGGUAAAGGGACCCCUGACUAUUAGGUCCAGUCGCGGACGACUCUGGGGUUGCGGUGCUCAUCUUGCUUUAUUGGCUGAGGGAGCCGGCGUACAGCUUCCGGGUCAUGUGGCCAGCAUGACUAAGCCGCUUCUGGCGAACCAGAGCAGCGCACGGAAACGCCGUUUACCUUCCCGCUGGAGUGGUACCUAUUUACCUACUUGCACUUUGUGCUUUCAAACUGCUAGGUUGGCAGGAACAGGGACUGAGCAGCGGGAGCUCACCCCGUUGCAGGGAUUCGAACCACCAACCUUCUGAUCGGCAAGCUCUAGGCUCUGUGGCUUAACCCACAACACCACCCGCGUCCCAUUUAUAAAAUAGGUAGUGUCUUUUACUCAGCAUAUCGUAGUCUCUUAAAACAUUUCUGCAUCCAUUUGAGUUACACGAAGGUCACUGCAUCUGGCAUAGCCGAUGAGGAAAUUUUUCUCUAGUGCGGUACAGUACAGCAAAUGUUAUGUUAAUCUAUGCCCACAAGGUGGCAGCCUACAAACACUUUGCUGAGCUGCAGCAAACAUACAUUUUACUGUGUGUCUGACAAGCCUUUAUAAAAUUCAGUGAUAGAAUUUUAUUCUAUGAUAAAUCAAUGAUUUAUAAGUCUGGUGUUCAUGACAGUUUGAACCCCAAGACAUAGCGGCCAGUUUGCAGCACUCUCAGCAACAAUGCCCCCCUGCCAAAAAACCCUGUUGCAUCAACUCUUGGAAAUGGGCAUUUGAAAUCACUUUUAUGUUGCAGGAUGUAUAAAAACAUACUUCGGGACAGCAAUUUUCACUAUUUUUUUCCUUCCUAGGAUGUGCCCAAAUUUCUCUCCCUACUGCUUUGUAAAAUAUGUAUUUACCACAGUUCCAAAAUUACUCAGUUAUUUUUAAAAAUUUUUUAUAGCAGGGGUCCUUCGCUGUUGUCAGGGUUGUGUGUUCAAAGGUAGCAUGGUGUCUUUGGGCAUCAGAUUGGGGACCAGAGAUUUGGGCUGUUAGAAAUGUUCCAUCUCCAUCCUUCCUCUCUCGUGGCCGUUUUGCUUAGAUACUUUGACAUGUUUUCAUAUCUUGGGGACUUGUUCCAGCCUCUUGAUUUAAGGACCGUGUUGCAUUACAAGUGAACCCAGUUUUCUUCAGGUCGCUUGGUACACUUGGAAGUCCAGGGACAGUUGGGGGGGGAGAGCACAGACUAAGCUGGUUCCCUCCUCCCCAAGAACCAUUAGAGAAAUGCUCAUAUAACAAAGUCCCCAAGGCCGAAGGUGUUUUUCUUUCAUUUUAUACUGUAUAGCUUUCUUUAUUCAGUAUAGUCUUCUCCUACUUUCAGUCUCUGCUCCCCAAUCCUGUUGUUCUUUACUUUUAUAUUCCACAGAAAUUGCAGGAUUCCUUGGAAGUCGUAUAUGGUCAGGUUUAUGAAGUAGAGAGUUCUGAAGGAGCUUUUGAGAAGUUUGCUGAGUGGAAAAACAUUAAGUUGGAGGAAUUCAGUAGUGUCAGAAAUGCCACAGAUGCAUCUCUGCAAAAUUUGGUGACCUGUUUCAGCAGGAUAAUCCAGGUAAAGACAAUGUUACUUUGACUUAAGACAGGCCUUGAUUUCACAUGUGUGAAAAAAGAGAGAAUUGCUUUUUGGCUCCUUCCUUAUCAACCCUAUACAGUCCCUGACAGAUUACCUUGAGGGAACAUGACCCUUGGGCAGAAAAACAGCUGCCCACCCUUGUAGUGGGUAUAAUGUUAGACUAGGAUCUAGGAGACCAGGAUUCUAAUUCCUACUCAACCAUGAAAUUCACCGGGUGAACUUGGGCCAGCCACCAUCUGUCAGCCUAAACUACCUCACAGGGCUAUUAAAGGGGGGUAGAAAUAAUAAAAAAGCAAAGUUCAGAUCAUGAUUUUGGUCCCAACUGCAUGUUGUGUUGCUGGAAGGUCUCCAGGUAUUACUUUAUUUUGUAAAAGCCGUGGCUGAGUGACUACAUUUAGCUGCAGAGGGGGGACAAUUCGUGGCCCUGCAAGUUUCCCCUUCUAUGGUUAAUGAUAUCUCUUGGACAGGGAUUUGGAUCAAGCCUAUAUGGUAGGGUGGGGAAGAAUAUUGGGCUUUUCCUACACUCUGACUUUAACCCAGAUAAGGACCUUUUGUCAUUGCUUUUUUGGUGUGUGGGGGGGGUCACAUUGGGAGGUUCAAAUGUGGAGCUCCAACAAUAACGUGUAACUUGGCCCUUUGACAUUAGCUAUCUAAAUUGAGAUUUGCUGGCCAAUGAUUCUGGUUUUUUUUUUUUUUUGGUAAUGGAACAUGGGAAGGGUUACUCUGACGAAUGGAUACUUGGCCAUUUCCCUUUCUGCUAUUGUUUUGGCUCUUACUUUGGGCAGAUUUUUGUGUUAAAAUAUGAAACGAAACCGUGUUUAUCAUUAAGUGGAUACACUGUUGGGUUAUACUCGGGAAGCUUUCUAGGAACUUGAAAGGUGAAGUGGGAACAUAGCAUUCGUGUGAUGUAGCAUACGCAUUGGAGCAGCUGAUAGAACAUUCUUUCACCACUCUGAAUUUAAUGACUAGGGAAGCUCCUAUUACAGUCUUUGCUCCGUAACCUUUGACUGCGUGAUCCACUUUUAUAUAAUCAUCCUUCCAAAAAAAAAAAAAUCUGGGGCAGCUUGUUGCAUUCAGUGAUGAUAAUGAUUAAUGAUCACUUCUAAGCCCAUAUAAGUUCUUUAUAGAGCUUUUAAAAAAUCCAAUACUGUUCCUGCCUGCAUGCUCACAAUUUAGACUGAGGCAAAAGGAAAUAUAAAUGUGGAGGGUAGAGGAAAACAAGCAUUGGAGCAGAAUAUUCUCUUUGGCAGGAAGGGGAGAGAGGCAAGCCUCCUGCAACUGCUGCUUCUCUGGGCGAUGGAUGGGGUCAGACUGACCUCCCUUUUUCCAUUCCUUUCUUCCUGGGAGGCAGCUAUCCCAGUCAUCUUUUGUUCCCCGGCUGGUGACAGAGACCAGAGUGUGCUUUCCUUCUGUUCUGCAGCAUCAGGACAAUUUACAACAAAAUCACCAAAUAUAAUAUCGUUCAUGCACCUUCUACAAUCUCAUGUUCUUUAGCACUAAGCAGCAGUAGAAAGUAUGUGUUCCUGUGCAACAGGAUGGCACAUACAUUAUUAAAAUUCACAAAUAAAAGUGCUGUUGACUCGAAGUUUUUAGUAAAGAAGCAGGAAACGUAUGACUGCCUAAAGCUUUAAAGGGACAGCAUCUGACACACCUCUAUAGGGAGGGCGUUCCACAUUUUGGGGUCCAUUAUUUACUUUGCCAACACUGUUAAUAUUUGUAUAGAUAACUCCUUUUUUCUCUUAACUAUUUACCUUCCAAGUUCUUUGACAUGACGUCAGGCAUACUUUUGAAAUUUGAAGAUGUAGGUGACAACAUGGAUGAAGUUCUCAAGAAUGCCGAGUUGAACAUUUCUCAAGAAUUGAGCAUUUUUCUAACUGUAAGUUAGCUUUCUUCUGUUACAGCACUUUUGUAGUGGCUUCAUGUCUUUUGGAUAAAAGCCAUGUCUGAAAUUUCCAGUGGAAUGUUUGAAGCAGGAUUUCCUGCAACAAAAUUCCUCAAUCCUAGUCAAAUACUGAAAGACCAUAGUCACAAAUCUACCAGUUAAUUUAACAUGGUGGCCUGUAAGCUACAAUCUCACUUUGAGAAGGGGUGGGAGUUGCGAGUUGCCAUCUUUCCUGUGUUUAGUUAACUAGUUUGUCCCUGAAUUGAAGCCAGCAGCUUUCUUCUCCCCUUCAGCUUGGGGCCCAAAUGGAUGGGGGUGGAAUUGAAUUUGAUAGUCACUAACUUCUCCAGGCCCAUUUUCUCCCUUGUCCCUUGUCUCCCUUGCAGCUAAAGAAGUAGCAAGGUCUUUUUCUCCAUCUACCCCGAGACCAUCAUGAGGGUUUGAAUAAUUUGCUUCAGUGUAUGAAAGCACCUUGCCAUGCUUAUCUUCUGAGCCUGGCAGGUGAGGCUGUGACUAACCCCCAUUGUGGGGAUGUAAUGAGGCAGUGAUUUCCGCCCUGCCUGGGGUAAUCACAGUCAUUGCCAUUGGGGGCGUGAAGCGGUGACCCACGCUCCCCCCAGCGGUGAUCCCAGGGUUCCCCGUUAAAGGGGUUGUUUGAGGGGAGGCAUUGGCCAAUAGGUUGUCAUUGCUCUCCCCUGCGACUACGGCGAAAUGCGGGGUGGACUCUCUGCUUGAACAGACGUUCUCCAGAGCCAGCCCAAUCCCCACUCAUUCUGGAUAACCCUGAUGUUCCCCAGCUCCCCGGCCGGGGACUGGAAGGGAUAAACGCCCAAUGCCUAAGCCAAGAUAUACCCUACAUCUGAAGUCUUAAUAAAGCUGUGGCCAAUUUUAAUCCCAUAACAUAGUGUCUUGAGUCAUUAUUCCACCUGGGGGUCACCUGGGGUUGGGGAGACUCCGCCUGUCCACGCAAUCAUUGCCAUUUCUGUUCGGCUGCAGUUCAGCUUCCACUGAAAUGUAUAUUGUGUGUCUUGCAAAUGUAUAUUGUUUGUCUAUGGCCAAAACUAAACUGUUUAAUUAUAUAACCAAUUUCGACACAUUUCAGUGGAGAGGGGAAGUGUAAGAACCAAUGCAGAAAGUAACAAUAAUUUACAUGUUUGCAGACUAAGAAAAUAAUUAUAGUGAGUGCUGUGACAUUCUCAGACAUCCCUACCCCAGAGUAAACUGCAUAGUGCCCCAUUAUCUCCAGGAGCCAAGUGCCUUGAUCCAGCUAGGGAAGACCACUUAAUGCAAGUAGGCCUCCAUGCUGUUGUUGCUUGCUGGAUCAGCAAUUGCAGAAAUUAAUUGGAUUCACAUCCUAAUACACAUCAGAGCUCAGUUGCCUUCUAUUUGAAUAGUGUUGCUUUAUAUGGAGUAUGCAUUUGAAAAGCUGCUUAGCUUUGCUCAGCCUUAUUUCUUCCUUCUCUGAAAAUAUUUUUCAUGGCUCCAUACAUAAUUUCAAAUAAAAAGAUGGUUAGACUUAAAAGCGACUUUUGAGGGGCAGCAGAACAUAACAUACCCAAAGACGGUAGUAAAAUACACAAAUGCUGAAUGUUUUUGAUGUGUACCCUACACUUGGUUUUUAAUACAUUGUUAACUGUUCCAGGUAGAAGAAGCCAAGAUAAAAAGCAGCAAACCUCUGAUUUACAGUUCAGCUAAUGGUUCAAUUUGCAGUUCAACUUGUGGUCCUUUUACUGCAGUCUGUUGCAAAACAGGAGCCCAGAAUUAUUCCUGAUUGAAUCAUUUGACAAACUCACCACACCAGAGCUGCUGAACAUUGGGGUGGAGGUUGUGUCCCAUGGAAAUGUCAAACUACAUUAAUUUAAACUGCUUGAUAGCCUCUAUUUAUUUUACAAAUAAAAACUGAUAAGCCUUCCCAUUAAGAAUAGCCUUCAUGCCUUAUAGGUGUUGAAAUCCUCAACUUUCAUCUAGCUGCAGGUAUGUUAUCUGUAUGUUUGUGUCUGUUUCCAUUUAGGAGCUAGAUGAAGCAGAUAAAAAAAUAAUCUUGAAUGUGUACAGUGAAGUUAUGCAGAAGAUCAACCAAGAAAGCAAUCUCUUAAGCGUUAUAUAUCACAAGUAUCUGGACAGCAUCGAGGUCAGUUUGUCAUACUUGGUUAUUUUUUUGUAUUCUCAGAAUUAAAGCAGACCAUGUCUUGAAACUUUAGGAAAGCUUUUUGGUGAUACUGUUUUGUCAAUGAAUUGCCCUUCAGCCACUUCAAAAGAAAAAUUGGCUUGUAAUUAUAAAAUGACCCAUUAAUAGAUUCCACUAAACUAGAUAUUGUUUUAUCGCUGCCAAAGACUCUGUUGCUAUUUAAGACAUAAAGAUGAGUCUGAUGUGUGCAAAUAGCAAUCUUCCUUGAAACUAAUUUGAGCAAUGAAAACGCUGUUCUUUCACUUCCAUGUUUUCUUUGUGUUUUUUGUUUUACACAUUAGUUCAAAAAGCAGAUAGUGGAGUGGCUGGAGACAAGUCCCAACGUUGACGUUUUGCUACAGAUUAAGAAGAGAGUGAAAAAGCUGAAGGCUCAGCUGAGGUGGAAGCUGGUUGAAAAAAACAACUUGGAAGAAGUAUGGAAAUAAGUGCUGUUUUUAAAAGGCUUUUCUGAAACAUAGAACUAGCGGACGAGGGACAGCAUUCUGCCCCUACCGUCCGUUGGGGAAAAAAAUGGAUUGAGUAUGUGGGAAAAGCUGAUACUAUCUGGCAUUUGAGAAAUCUCAUUUUUUAACAAAGAUGUAAUUUAUUCACGUAAAACUUAAGGCAAAUAAAAUCCGAAGGAAAAGUAGAUUAAAACUAUGUAGAUCAGACAGUGUUUCUCUCAUUGCUGAGUGGGUGGGAUGUCAGCAGUGAGCUUGUGCAAUAAUGGGCCUAUAAAACAACGGGAUAUCAGAUUUUCCUUCUGUGUGUGCGCGCGCAUGCGCACUAUACUGAUUCCACACUAUCCUAGCAUGUGCUCUCCUCAGGAUAUCAAUGGCUGCUAGUGAUGAUGGAGCACAUACUGCUUCCAUGACCAGAGGCACUAUGCCUUUCAGUGUUUGGAAGGCUGCCUGCAUCCCUUCCGAGCUUCUUGGGUGUUAUGAUCUGCAGAGGGCACCCUCUUGGGAGUUUUCAGGAAUGGCUUCUUGGGUGAGGGGUUUCUCUAUGGCAGUACCUGCAUUGUGGAGCUCUCCACCCACAGAACUGUCUCCAGAUUCUUUAUUGUACAGCUUUUGCUGUAGGCUGAAGAUGCAAGUCUUUACCCUGGCCUUUGACAGUUAAGGUGUUUUGUUUGUGGGAGGGACCCACCUCUUUCACAGGGGUUUAUAAAUUGGUUUAGUCCUUUUUAAAUCUAGUGGUAACUCUAGAGAGUCCAGCGGAAGGGAAGCAGUUCCUCACAUUUAAGAAAUGCAAGCUCGGAACAACAAAAGCACAUUUAACAGUUUUCCAUUCUCUAAUGAGUUCACGUUGAAAAGUAGUCUUGGUCUCAUCUCAGUUGCAGCAGUAUAGGCAUCUAAGGCCUCUUUCUGGUGCCAUCUAAGGCCUCUUUCUGGUCCCCAUAUACUAUAUUGAGUAUACUAUAACAAUAAGUUGACACUAUUCAUCUUCUUCCGCCCUGUCCUUAUGUGUGUGGUGUUGUGUUGCAUGUUGUAUGUGUGUUGGGCACUGGCACAGAAGUUGCAGCUUACUUUGUUAGAGAUAAGUAGCCUUUCAAUUAAACAACAUCAGUAAUCCAAACGCAGGACAACCUUUUGGGAUGUUUUAUAUCAGGGUGGCCAACUCAUUCUGAGAAGUCAGAUUCUCCCUCCCCAGCUUUCAGUCGCUUGGCUCCCAAGCUGAACUCAGUGAACUGUUUCUUUCCUGACCCACUGAAGAAGUGGCUGAUAGUUUUGUGAAUUAGCCCAGGCAUAUGAAAACAUUUAUUAAUCCUCGUGAAUAAGUUGUUAUUUCUGAGAAGAAGACAUUGGUGACAGUUCGGCCAUAGAAUUGAGUCCCGGUGCCCUUUCCAACUGUGGCAUUUUAAUUUUGUCUCCACACCACUUUCAAGGAGUAAGAAAGGGUAUUAACCUAACAGAUGGAAAGCAGGAAAGUAUGUCCAGUAAAUCUGGUGGCUCAGGCCUAGAAUGUGUUAACUGAAAACCAGUAGUUAUUCUCAAUGUAUUAUAAGAUGGUUACCUGAUAUAAUAAUACCUUAAUCGUCUGAGGUGAUGAUUUUACAUUUCUGCCUUUUAGUCUGAUGAUGACAGCGAGCCCAAAAUGGCAAAAAUAAAAGAAGAAAUAACUGGACUAAGAAAUAAUGUAUUUGAGGAAAUAUACAAGGAACAAGAAGAAUACGUAAGUGUUCAACUGCAUAAGCACCAUUGAAACAAGUAAUUACAUUGAAUAAACUUUUGAUUUUUCAGAAUGAAUUGCAUACAUUCUUACUGAGUAGGAUGAAGAGGAUGAGCAUUUCUGAAUCUAGUGAAGGCAUGCUUAUGCACGCAACUUGUAAAUUUAAAAAGCUAUCACGAGUGGAGAAAUGGUUAUAAACUUCUCUUAUCAAAAACCAAGGGCAUGUCCCUUUUAUGGCUUACUCUGGCUUCAGUGCGUUCUCAUCCCUGUUCUUUGAAUCCAUGUACACAUGACGUUACCUACAAUCCACAGGUUAUCUUGUAGUUUCUACUGAAAUGCUGUGUUUUGAUGUGGUUUUCCCUGGGUCAGCUUUACUCCCUCGUGACUAUGCAGUGCAUGGCAAAUCCCAAGUGUAUACAGUUGUACCUUGGCAGUCGAACGGAAUCCAUUGACUUCCAAAAUGUUUGGAAACCAAAGUGCGGCUUCUGGUUGGCUUCAGGAAGCUCCUGCAGCUAAUUGGAAGCUGUGCCGGAUGUUUGGGUUCUAAAGAAUGUUUGCAAACCGGAACACUCACUUCCGGGUUUGCGGUGUUUGGGAGCCAAAACAUUUGAGUACCAAGGUGUUCGGAAUCCAAGGAACAACACUACUGUGGAAAGGUUUGCUGGGGGAGAUGUGUUGUGCAGGAGAAACAAAAACUGAACUAUCUCCAGGAGGCAGCUGAGGAGGAUAAGGGGUGUAGAGUGCUGCAAAGAGGCAAAGAACCAAGGAGUGCAAAGAUCAUCUCAACAAUUCACAGCCCAGAAUGCACAAGCACCACCGCCAUGCCUCUCAUACUGCCCCCCCCCCCCGGUGUAUCAGUUGCACAAGUUGCCUCUCACCAGGGGGGGAAAAUGGAUUGCUGGCUUUUAAAAAAGGUGGCUGGAGGCAGGGUAGAGGGGUGGUGAAAACUAUGUGUAAAAUGCAGAGCUAGAAAUGCCAACAAGUCCACUCUGGUGUGUUCCCUUGGACUUUUAGUCUCUUACUCGGGAGUAAAUCACAUGGCUGCAAAUGACAAGCACAGGAAGAUGAUUUUUUUGGGGGGGGGGCACAGACGUGGGUUAACACCUUCAGUAGGAGUGAGUGGAGGGCCUUUACUUUGUGUUCAAUGGAGUAGCUGUGUCUUCUGUAUCAUAAAGUGUAUGACUUCUGCAUUGGGGAAUGAGUAUAAAUCCAGCAGUACCAUGUGAAGAGGAAUCUAAUUACGUACUGAUGCUUAUCUGUGAAUCACUUCUUCAUUUGCAAAUUUGCUACUUGCAUGCCACAGGUUAAUCUAGUUCCGAACCUAUCACUGUGUUCUGUUUUCAUGCUGAGAUGGGUAUUGCAAAAAUUUGUUUCUUAAUUUAGGAGAAGCUCAAUCACUUGGUACAGAAAUGGUUCCCUGAGCUACCGCUUCUUCAUCCUGAAGCAGGAAUUCUACAAUAUAUGGUAAGAAAUAUAUUGGUAAGAAAGAUGUUUUGUUUCGGCAUUUCUGGAGAGAACGUUCUGAAAAAACUCCUAGUGGAUAUCGGUAAGGAAUUACCAGCUCGGUGCCUGUGGGUGCCUAGUUGUUGGCAUUCGUGUAUUGUUCUGGAUUGGUGGGAAGGGAGAAGCUUUUCUGAAUGUAGGGCAGGCACUCAAGUAUUCUCUGUGUGGGAGAGAGGAGGAAUGUAGGGAUGUGUGGUCUCUGAAAAAGAGGGAGAGAUGUAGUUGAGGGAUAGAAAUGGAGAGGUGGAUGUGUUGCUCUUUAUAUGUGAAGCAUAUGAGACAUCUGAACACAAAAGAGAGUGCAGCGUGGUCCACCCUUUUUUUUUUUUUGCUACUGGGAAAUGCCUCCUGCUAUUGACUGUAAUAGCAUCGUUUGGGUGUGUGCAGGGAAUAACUAUUAUGCGAUCUCUGCAAUCAUGACCAGUAGGACAUAGCUUACUUGCCAUGCUAAAUAUUGGGGGUGAAGGCCAAGAGAGGAAACAGCUAUGGUUUUACACCCCUUCAAUCUACGUUAGGUCAUGUCCCUCAUGGCAGCCAUUUUGUUAUAAAUUUGAGGCACAGAAUGUGCCUGUUGGUUCAGAAAAGGUUGUUGACGCCUGUUCUAGGUUAUGAUUGUUAAGUUCUGCAUUAUUUUUAUAUAUUAGCCAUCUGCCAGGCCUGCCAUUCCUUGUGACCAGGCCGUUCUCAGGGUGCUUCUUAUCCUUUAUCCAUUAGCUCUUCUCAAAAAAUUGCCUGAUGCUGUUCAUGGUCACCUUGUUUUGCUGGCAGUAAAGCCAAUAACGUGAUUUCCUGUUAGACCAAAAGGGUAAAAUGGCAGGUCUUGUUUAUCCUGUUUUAAGAUCACAGCAGCUUCUGGAUGGAAGAGAAACGGUACCAUUGUGCUAAGAUCUUCACAUCUUGUUUUUUAAAAAUAACAAAAUUGGGGGGGGGGGGGAUACUUAGACAUGCUGUCAACUUGGCAGAGAAACGCACCAGCCCAAAAUAGGAAGUGGUUUCUGCACAUUCGUGGGAGCCUUAGUUUGCAAAUGAAAAGACAAACAGCCCCAGCCCACAACCCCCCCCCCCGGCCCCUGCUGCAUGACAAGAACCUAGGCUCAGUGGUUUCAAGACCAGUGGAAUUAUGGUGUUAGUUGACAGGAAAGAAAAGGAGGGCAUUGGCCUGUUUUGACCAAGAACAGCUUAUAGUAUACGGUGGAUACCCACUUAGUGUACCCAACAGGAUUGAGGGGAGUGCCAAAAGCUCACUUCUAUGUGGAGAAAUCCCUUUUCUCCUCUACGGAAACCUUCCCUCUUGCUUCAAACCUGAGCCCUUUAUAGCACAACAAGGAAAGUUUCAGGAGGGUUGGGAAAUAAAGAGAUAUGGCUACCUUUCCCCCUAAACAAUGCUGCAAGAUUCCUGCUCCAACCUGCUGGUUGUGGAGCCUUGUGCAGGAGUGCUCCGGUUACAGCCCGAGGAUACAGGUCCCUCACCUUGUUUAUUACUUAUAGAUAAUGUGACUCUAUUCUGUGAUCUACACAUAUUUAUAUUUUGUGCAGUGUUGGGAUUUAUAAGGUGAUUGGCAAAUCCUGUUUGUUCAGAACUCAGGAGGACUUCUGACAGUCAGUUUGGAGCGUGAUCUUCUAGAUGCUGAACCAAUGAGAGAACUGAGCACAAAACGUCCUCUGGUUUGCUCAGAAGUUCAAGGGCAGAAGGUUCUCUUAAAGGUAUACUUUCAAGUUCACUUUUUAAAAAGCUAGUAAUAAGAGGCAAGUCAUUGGCUAAACUGGAAAGCUUUCAGGUUUUGAGAUAUCAUUAUUAAACAUCUGGGUGCUUGUUGGUCUUCUGCUAAGCCGAAAAAACACAUUUCAGGUCUCUAGAAUGUGAUUUUGUGCCUGAGCACUUGGGGAUUUUUGGAGCCUUGAUCUUUGAGUUUGAAGAAAUCAGCCUUUUAAGUCUAGUUUAUGGAGAGUUAGGCUUAGUUACAACCAACCUAUUAGAAAGCUCAUUUUCAUACAGCUUAGGAACUUUUGGGGAUUGGGGAGGAAAGUCUCAGUCCUUAGUUGCAUAUACAGAAGCUGUUCAUAUAGUUGUUAUAGUUAGAGCAAGUCCUUCUGGACAGAUAGAAAUCCUUUCCAGUCCUAUUAUUUUAACUGGUUCCUAGGUUUGCCCGGCACCAUCACUGUGAAAUGGGAUGAACAUAACACUAAUCUCAGUUGGUAUUUGUCUUGGAUUUGAAUGGAUUUUAUGUAUGUGCCAUUAUUGUUUUAAACUGUUUGUAUAUUUAUACUUGUUUUUAUAUAUGCAAUGGUUUCUGUGUUUAUUUAAUAUACAUUAAAUUUUCUUUCAUAUAUGUUAUAUUGUAAUUUGCUUCAUGAUGUCUCUUGGGAAGUGAUUCACAAAUAAAAGAACUGAGUAAAAUAAAUCACAAAGCAGAAUACAAUAGAUGCUACAAGGAAAUUGCAGCCAUCUUGAUAUUUUAUAGCCCCACAGCUUUUAAUGUUCACAAAGUAAGAAGUAGGUAUAUGCAUUGCAUCUCAAAUGCGGUGUACAAGUUGUUCGUACACUUUUUAGGGUCUUUUUAAAAUGAGAAAAAUAUCAUUAUUUCAAAGUAUACCUAUCCAAUUCAUAGCCAACUUUUUUUUUAACCACCUUAGGGAUAUGCUGUGGAUAUGAAUACUGAAGCCGAAGUGAUAGAAAGAGCAGCAAAGUAUCACAGACUCUGGAGAGAACUGAAGGAAGAAUCUGGUUUGAUGCAGCUGAUGUUUCUAUUUUUAUGCAAGGCAAGUUAUAAACUGUCAAUGCAGUUAUUUUUUUAAAAAAUAAAUGAUAAAUCUUUUAACCUAAUACUUUUAAUCAGUAAGCCUUUCUAUGAUGAAUAAAGGUACAUAUAUACUUUGAGAUUUGUUUAUUUAUUUAUUGCAGUAUGUGUUAAGCAAUUGUAGAAAUGUUGCAGUAAUUUCAUAUAUGAUAUACACAUACAUACUACUUUUUGUGUCCAUUAAGUCUGAUCCUCUGGCAUACCUGAUGGUCCCAUAUUAUGCUGAAGCAAGCCUGGGCAUAUUGCAGACUACCGCACCUUUAAAUCCAGAAGUAAGUAAUGUGAUCGGGUGGGAGUAGGGUGGAGAGAGAGAGAGAAAACCCCCCUAUUCAUUAAGAUGCUGAUUAACUCAAUUCUUACUGUAAACUGUUCCAUUAUGGUAUGCAGUGAAUCCAGCUUUUCAAAAAUAGGGCAUUUAGUGCUUCAUUUUUGCUUCAAUGCUGUUUGUCCUCCCACCCCGGUUUCUUUCAAAAAACAAUAUACUUAUUUGGCCAUAUUUUAAUAUACUGUAUAUUAAAUAUACUGUGGUCUAAACCACUGAGCCUAGGGCUUGCUGAUCAGAAGGUCAGCGGUGUGAAUCCCCGCGACGGGGUGAGCUCUCGUUGUUCGGUCACAGCUCCUGCCAACCUAGCAGUUCGAAAGCACAUCAAAGUGCAAGUAGAUAAAUAGGUACCGCUCCGGGGGGAAGGUAAACGGCGUUUCUGUGCGCUGCUCUGGUUUGCCAGAAGCGCCUUAGUCAUGCUGGCCACAUGACCCAGAAGCUGUAUGCUGGCUCCCUUGGCCAGUAAAGCGAGACGAGUGCCGCAACCCCAGAGUCGUCCGUGACUGGACCUAACGAUCAGGGGUCCCCUUUACCUUUUAUAUUAAGUGACAGUCUGAUUCCGGUUGCAGUACAGUUUACUACAGGAGACUCUGGUUAAAAUGUUACCUCUUCUCUAUAAUUUGUUAAUGAGUUCUACAGUGAUAACAAACAAAUUGGUAUCGGAAAAAAUGAAAUGAAUUGCUAUAGUCCUGGUACAACAAAGAAGAUUUAUAACACAAAUGUAACACCAAGGAUCCAAAUGCAAAAUAUAAGCAUAAAACCCUUUGCAUUUUGUCCAAAAGGUCCCAUUCAGUGGUCACUAAUGCCCCCAUGUACCUAUGCUUCAUUUUUGUUGUUGUGGGCUUUGCUGCAUGCUCUCUGAUGUUUUUCAGACUAUUCUGAAUUUAGCAGUUGCUUAAAACAAUUGUAGGCAACACAUUUUUCCUCAAUCAGGAGUAACUCAUUUAUUGAAGAUUAAUCCUGACUUAGAGCCACAUUGCAAGGAGUUUCAUAAGUGGGUUUGUACCUACUUCCAAUGGAGUUUGUGUUUGAAAGACUAAUGGGACUCUUGAGGUUCAUCUCUUAUGAUUUUUAACUAGGAAACUUUGAAGGUCAUGAAAGGAGUAGCUCGUGGUCUGCAUACGCUACACAAAGCUGGUAUAAUCCACGGAUCCUUGCAUAAAAACAACGUAUUUGCUGUAAACCGAGAGCAAGGAAUUGUUGGAGACUUUGACUUCACCAAAUCAGUGGUAAAGAAGCUAUCCUUUAAAUAUAAACAAAUGAACUUCUUCCUUGCUGCUAAUUAACGCAGUUCCUCUGCUUUUGAGCACAUGCGAAAUUUAGUGGUUUUCCAAUGGGAUUUUCUUUGGGGGGGGGGCAAUUAUUAAAACAAUGUAAACAAAAAAUGAAGUGUAAAUAUGUGGGGGGGGGGGUGGAGGCAAUUGACUCUGACCUGUCCUCUAGAAUGCUGCUACCAGAAUAUCCCUCUCUUCUUGCAUUCCUAGAAGAGUUAAAUGUGCAGCUUCUAUAACACACUUGUCUGGUGACGUGAGCUGGCCUGAGGAAGAUGCACAGGCGUUUCUCAUAAAAUAUUACACAGCAGUUUGCAGACUAAAAACAAAAACAUCAGUGAUAGCUGGUCGGGAUAGAAACUCAAGUUCGAAAGGCCUGUCUGAGUAAUACAGUUUUUAGAAGGUGUCUAAAAACAAGCAGCGAUGACUCCUGCUGAACCCACAUUGGCAAGGAGUUCCACAGGGUUAGGGCCAACCACACACUCAUUAAAGUGCCAGUAGCCCUCCACUUAGCAGAGCUUUGGCUCUCUCUGGUAGGGAAUGGAGGAAAGAGGUGCUAAACGCAUACCAUGUUAAACACAGAACACGACUAGAGGGUAUGCAUUAUACAUAGAAUCAUAGAAUCAUAGAGUUGGAAGAGACCACAAGGGCCAUCGAGUCCAACCCCCUGCCAAGCAGGAAACACCAUCAGAGCACUCCUGACAUAUGGUUGUCAAGCCUCUGCUUAAAGACCUCCAAAGAAGGAGACUCCACCACACUCCUUGGCAGCAAAUUCCACUGUCGAACAGCUCUUACUGUCAGGAAGUUCUUCCUAAUGUUUAGGUGGAAUCUUCUUUCUUGUAGUUUGGAUCCAUUGCUCCGUGUCCGCUUCUCCGGAGCAGCAGAAAACAACCUUUCUCCCUCCUCUAUGUGACAUCCUUUUAUAUAUUUGAACAUGGCUAUCAUAUCACCCCUUAACCUCCUCUUCUCCAGGCUAAACAUGCCCAGCUCUCUUAGCCGUUCCUCAUAAGGCAUCGUUUCCAGGCCUUUGACCAUUUUGGUUGCCCUCCUCUGGACACAUACCCUUUCUCCUGGUGUCAGAGUGAGUUAGUGGCAUAUGUGUGUUCAGUGCCCAAAGUGCCAGUGCACUGAGAAUGGAAAGGUGGCUAUGCAAUAGAUGCAUUGCUUCCUCUCUCAAUUCAGGAGGUAGGAUGAUUUUCAGAGCUGUUGCCUAGGCUAGCAUAGAUCAUCUGUUUUAUAGGCAAUGUUCAAUUGUAAUUCCAAGCUGUGGGGUUUAAAUUUUUAGAGUCAGCGUGCUUCAAUGAACUCUGUGCUCCUGAAUGGCUUGAACUUAAUUUCUCCUGAAGUAAGGCAGGGACAACCACCUUCUCCCGCUUCAGAUAUGUAUGCUUUUGGUUGCCUCCUUUACUGGGUAUGUAGCUCUUCAUUUAUAAAUGCAAAGGCUUCGUAAUGUAAUGCAGGCUGAAUUAUUGUGUUCCCUAAAGUUGCAAGCGAAGCUGUGAGCGAAAUUGCCAUAACUGCUCAAGUGUGAAAGUAGAUCUACAUUUAUUAGUCUUUGUUUUGUCCCUUCGAUCAUCUACAGAUUUUAGCCAGGGGCUCUCGUUUUUCCCCAUUUUGCUUUCUUAAAGAGGUUGUCAGAUUGUUCUCUGAAUUUGGGAAUGGAUAUGAAUAUGAAGUGCGAUCAGCUUUACGCAUGCAACAGAAUGAAAUGGUAGAGUAGGCUGUGCAUCUUCAGACUGUAGGCGAUGAAUAUUCCAUCUUUGAAUGCUGCCCCUUAUCAAGGCCCCAUCUACACUAAACAUUUAAAGCAGUAUUAUAUACCAUUUUAAUCAGUCAUGGCUUCCACGUUUGAGUUCACCCUUAGUAUAUAGGGAUUCACUAAGAAAUCUAGACUUUAUGUGAAGUAUAAUUGAUGUUGCAGGUUACAUAUUUUACUUAUUUGAGACAAUAGUCAAAUGUACAGUGGACCCUCCGGAUAUGAGCUUAAUUCAUUCCAGGGGUCCGUACAUAACCCGAAACAUCCGCAUCUAGAGGUGCCGCUUCUGCGCAUGUGCGUAGCGUGAUAGAGCGUUUUUGCGCAUGCGCGCGGCACACUUCUGUGCAUGCAUGCAUGGUGAAACCCGGGAGUGUACACUUCCGGUUUUGCCGCAUUCGCAACCCAAAAGUUACAUUACCUGAAGGUAACGUAAACCGAGGGUCCACUGUAUAUCUGGUUUUGUGCAACGAUUAUUUUUGGCAAGGAAGCAUAAAUUUUAGGUCAGCAGAAUAAAUGUAGCACAAAGAGCUGUAAUUGGGGGGGGGUGUAAAUAUACAGUGAACUGUGCUUUGCUUACCUUUUUUGUCCCUCUUUAAACUGGAAGUGACUGUCAGAAUAGAAUGGGAUAACAUAAAUUGGUUUUCUAGAAUUGAUGUUUGAGCUAAUUUUGUCAUCUUUUAAAAUUUAUAGCUGGUUCUUGGAAAACAGGAGUUUAAAAUAAAGAGAGAUGGAACUCCUGAAGUGGAUGGCCACUAUAUGGUAUGUUUGUUUUCUUACCUACACGAACUAUUUCAAAUAAUAGUGCAGAACUGCCUAAAUCACUUCGUUUAGUUAAUACUAAAUGAUCCAUCUUUAAAUAUUUAAAACAUCUGGGUGCAAGAUCAAAGUGCAACAAUUGUUGGUGUAAAGAAGAAGGAAUGUGGUCCCUGAUCGUCAGGAAAAUGGAAACGUAUCAUUUGGAAAGUAUUAUGAAUGGUAGGCAAGUGUAAUUAAUGGUAAAGUAAGGCUAAGUAAUCUGAAUAUCAGACAUGCCUGUACACUGACUCGGGGAAGAUGAAAUUGAUGCCUGUGCAAACAGGAAUGUUUUUAUUUUUCCUCUGAAAGUGAAUAGUGAGGACUCAACUCACUAAGGGAGGGCAUUCCACAAAUAGGGGACCACCACUGAGAAGGCCCCGUCAUGGGUCACUGUCAACUGGGCAACCCUCAGUGUAAUUAUAGUAGUAAUCUCUGCUGCUGUCUUGAAGGUGCCAAGGAUUGCUAAGCACUUCGCUUUCUAACAGUACAUAUGGGUGAUAGUUCCAUAAGUGUGUCUGCUAGCAGUGAUCACGCCCAUCCUCCUGGCAUAAACCCAGGUUGCAGGCAAGAAGCUACCCAUCUCUUCCUUGGUGGAGAAAGAAAGGGGACAGGUAACUUCUCUCUUCCAAUCCAGGCGCAUGGAAGAAAGGGGUGGUUGCUUCUGCAUCUUGGGUGCCAUACAAAGUGUUGAUUUUGCUGAUUUUGCUACUUUUUCCUGAAUUCUGGGAUUCUUAUGUUAAUGCUCUUUCCCCUGGACCACAGUUUUAUGUACUGUUUCUGGGUAUAUUCUAUUUGAUAUUUUUAUUACUGUAAACCACCUGGAGUUGUGUUUUUUUUUUUUAAAGGCAGAAUAUAAGUAUUUCUAAAAUAAAUAUGAAUUAUCUGCACGCGUCACAGGACUUGGGCGGAUUGGUGACCUCAAAUAAUAAUACUUUUUCUUUCUUUCUUUUUAAGGACACUCAAGUUAAAUCUCUGCUCACGAAACUCCUCUGCUUUAACAAUCGAAUGACCUCAGAGGAGGUGCUGAAUGACGACUGUUUCCUGUUGCAUGAAGUGAUCCCUGUUUCAGUGGAAAGUGAGCCAACUGAACCUGGAAAUGGAGAGGCAACAACAGAAAAUGAAGUUGUUCUGCCUGCCAUCAAAAACUAUGUGACAAAACCUUUUCCAGAUAAUAUGGAGACAAACAGUGAUGCCUGUGUUUAA